UGUACUUUGUGCUGCUGCCCUUUUUGGGGGCGAAGCACAACGACACCAAGAAGAAGGCUGAUAGGGUAAACUCGUCCCAAAUUAAUUAUUUUAGUACGCAUUGUUGUUUCUGUUCUCACUGUGUGUAGCGCAAACAUUGCUGACAAUUCUACUCCAAGAGUGGAUUCUUUUAGCUCUACUCGUUGUCGUUGAUGUUGUCGUAUUGGGUUGGGCAAUUUUCCACAAGGGAAACUCGUAUGUGCUCUCGUCUGUUGUGAUUGUUUGCUCUGUGGUUCUUCUCGCAUGUGCACCAUACAUAGUACACUCAUCACUUACAGUUCUAAUACUGUUUCUUUGCUAUACUCUACUUCCACUACCUCUCCUUCCUACGGCACUGGCAGCAGCUGUUGUGUCGGCAACGGGUCUUUCCAUACAAGUGAUAAAUAAUGCUAAUAUUACAAUGCUUGUCUCGCAUGCUAUUCUCUUCUUUGCCAUCAAUAUCGUUGGUUUUUUCGUGUUCUAUCCAAUUGAACUGGUGCAAAGGAAAACAUUCCGGGAAACGAGGUUGGUGUUUUUCCCAGGGCAAUUACUGUAG